GUCUGGUUUCAGAACCGGCGGGCCAAAUAUCGCAAGCAAGAAAAGCAAUUACAGAAAGCGCUCGCCCCCUCAGUGAUACCGUCGUGCAAUGGCAUGAUGCGAAACAUACAAGGCUACAGCGUGUCCCGAGGUUAUCAACCGUAUCCCCAUCCAAACUCAAUCAAUCGAUAUCCGCAGGAUCUCUUCCAAAUGAGUGGUUCCUCGUAUCCCGGAAUGACGCAGCCAUUCUCGAUGACGCACAGUUCCGGCAUGAGCUCAGUAGGCGUCCGCCAGGAUUCAAUGGGAAUGUCUGCGGAGGACGAAUGGUACAACAAAAGCCUAUCAGCAUUGCGAAUGAACAGCUCUCAUCACCCAAACCUGUCGGCACCGAUGCUGCAAUAUCAGACAUAAUUAAUGUAGGAUCAGGCAUAACCUUUCCCGUAAACUGUUGGAACACCAUCUCCGGCAGCCGUGGAGAGGAAGAGUGCUGUUCAAACAGUUUAACAUAGUAGGCGUAUAGGAGGAAAUAUGGAAUCAAAUCUAGUCAGCACAGGAAGUGAAAAACAACCGGA